AUGUCCAACACUGCGCUUGAUUUAUUGAUGGAAAUGAUUGGACUGUGCGAGGUGAAAAAGAAGUUUGUCGAGAUCAACAUAUUCAUUAUUAUUUCAGGAAGACAGCAAGUUAGUCACCGCAAGAACAAAUUCGGGGCUGUUUUUAUUGGUAAUCCUAGUACUGGGAAAACAACGGUCGCGGAGCAUUAUGCGAAAUUCUUGUACGAGGCGGAUGUACUCCCGGUUGGCGAUAUUGUGACAGUGAAUGGGACUCGACUUGCCUCAGAAGGGGUCUGGAGUAUUCAACGCCUGCUGGAUGAGGUUGAGGAUGGAGGCGUUCUUCUUGUCGACGAUGCUCAUCAAUUGCUUUUCUCUGGUAUAUGUGAUGGAACUGCGGUCCUCAAUGUGCUUCUAUCCCAGGUGGAGAGGUUAACUGGGAAGGUCGUUGUUGUUUUCGCUGGCCAUGGAAAGCAGAUGCUGGAGUUCAGAGGUCACCAUCUAGCUUUUUCGAGUCUUAUACCCAUGAUAAUAAAGUUUCCCGACUACCAAGACCAUGAGCUUCAUCAAAUUCUUGUUCAUGAGCUGACGAUGAGGUUUGGUGACAAAAUAAGGGCCGAAGAUGGCCUGGACGGCCGCUUUAUGCGAAUAGUUGUUCGGCGAAUCGCCCGUGGACGUGGCCGAUAUGGAUUUGGAAAUAUUAGAAAUGAAGACCUUAUUGGCCCGGCCCCUUCAAGCGCAUUUGAUACUAGCACUGCGUGGAAAAAGCUUCUCGGGAUGGCGAAUACCUGGGCUAUCUUUGAUGCUACAAAGGGCAAAGUGCUUAUCAUCGACGAGGCAUAUAUGCUUGGAGGUGGAGAUGACCGAUGCGUUCUUCUCUUGGGAUACAGAGAGUCUAUGGAAUCGAUGCUUAAUAUUGUCAACCCGGACUACACGGAUGAUGAGCUAUGGCAGAUACUUGAUCUUAAACUUAGUCAACAGGGGUUUUCGGCUUCCGAAGAGGCUAGGAAUGCUGUCUUAGAAGUCCUUCGGCGAGCUCGGAAUGGACCAAAUUUUGGUAACGCAGCUGAACUUGUCGAAAGGUUAGAAGCCUAUCAGCGAAUUGCCAGAAGUAUGAAGGUUCUUGGCCAGGACCCACGAACUGGGAAAACAACAACGGCGAAGAGAAUGGGCGUAGUUUUCUAUGAGAUGGGCUUGCUUGCGAUCAAAGAUGUUGUGGAAUGCUCUGCUAUGGAUUUGAUAGGCGAGUAUGUCGGUCACACUGGACCAAAGACUAAGAAGGCUUUUGAGUCGGUCUUAGAACGGGUUUUGUUUAUUGAUGAAGCUUAUAAACUGGCCGACGGGACAUACGGGAAGGAUGCUGUUAUUAAAAUGGUCAAUAAUCUUACCAAGGACUGGUACUGA